GCGGAACAGGAUCGCAUUGAUCCGUGCGGCCUCAGCUUGACAGUGGUGUCCGCCGGGGUCUGGAGGACCGUCCCUCCCAGAAAGACACCAGCCGACGCCGCCUCCUGCUCCUCCUGCCUCGUCUUUGAGGGCCGUCCUGGGCAGCAGAUCCUCGGUCUCCUGCUCGCUGUGGACGUCGCCUCAUCAGCGCUCAUUUCUCACUGAGCCAGCGGGUUAGCAGCAGCAGCCUCUACGGCAGCUGAGUGUGGUGGGUGAGAAGCACACAUUUAGAUUCAGACAACGUGACUGCAUGCUACUAGAGCCGCUACACGCCUGGACCCAGCAGCAGCAGCAGCAGCAGCAGCAGCAGCGGCACUGAUCCCGGAGAGAACCGGCUACUGGAGCUUCCACAAAGCAAGGUUUUCCACUGAACAAACAGCCAGAAAUCCUGGAUUGGUGCACAAACACACGGACGGUCAGCUGAAAUAAUUCAGAAUUGGAGGUGAUGUUUUUCCUUUUGGGACACUUGCAUAUCAAAAACGAGCAGCUAGUGCAGUAAAACCCCCCGAGGUUUAGCGGUAUGUGUGCAUACAGGUGAGCUAAGCAGGCGUCUGCAGGGCGUGGGAUGAACAUGGGCGGGGCAGAGAGUUGGCAUAAAGUGGGCACUGCAGGGGUCCUACCCUCGGAUUACAGUUUAGCAGAUUAGAGCUAAGCAGCAGUCACCUUAAGCUCGGCAGCCUCAUGAAACAGGUGCCGGCGGACAGAAGGGCGUGCCCAAACACAUCCACGCGCACUCACAGGCUGACACAGCUGCAGCAACACAAUUAAAUUAGUGCAUCUGGCAGACGGUGUGUGAACCGAGUUAACACAUAUCAAAUUACAUGCACACACACACACACACACACUCAUGCUGUGGGCUGCAGGACAGAUGCUUCCCCCACCCUUCCUCCCGACGUCCUCUCAAAGCCAGCUGGAGAGAAGAUGAGAUUUGGGGCUGAUUGGUUUUGUCUUUUUUUUUAAUCGCUCCAUGAGCCUUUCGCUCCAUCCGCCACUCUCGGCCUUCUUCCUCGGUGCAACCGGAUAAAUCUUAAAAAUCUUUCAUCUUUUGGACGGAUGUCAAACAAUCUGAUGCUUUAAACUCCUCCUCCUCCCACGUGCUUUUUUAUCUUUUUACUCUCUGUUGGAGCAGGGAUGGACAAGUCGGCUGCAGCACCGAUAUUUACACAGUCAUGAAACCUUCUAUCUUUGUCGCAUUUUUUUUCUUUAAAAUUUCAUCAUUCACUGAAAAGAAUUGAAACUUUCUCUACUAAAGUUUGAGAACUUUGAGAAGAUAAAGCAGUGCCUCGGUGCAAUAGCCAGACAAUCUACUGAAAGGAUUGAGAGAGAAAAAAGGAAAGACCUUGAAUCUGGGUGAGGUGAACCUCAACAGCAAGACAUAAAGACAACGAGAAAAAAUAAAGAGAAACCACAGAGGACGGAGGAGCCGUGCAGAGAAGGAGAAAAGAAAAGGAAGAGGAGUUUUUUUUGUUUAAGGAUGGCUAGAGCGGUGAUGGAACACCCUUCAGGCCAGACCUCCUCCCUUCCUCUCCUACUCCUCCCUUCUUCCCUCCCUCUCCACUAGUCUGCCAGAUUUUUUUUUUUAUUUUUUGGCUACGUCGCUUCAGUGCAAAGAGAGAAAGGAAGGCGAGCGUCGGAGCUGAACGCCAGAUGACUCAGAAAACGAGAAAAGACCUGCUGCAUCCAGCCGUUGGAUUUCACCGAGGAUGCAGCUAAUCAGACGAAAGCAGGGAGGGAAAAAGUGAGAGAGGGAAAGUUGUAAAGUUAGAGCAAAAUAAAACAAAAAAAGGGGGAGGAGAGAUCAGCUCACACCGAAAGGAGUUCGGAAGCUACAGCUGUGAGUGAUUCAGCUGCAACUCCUGAGUGAGUCGGAGCAUCGCUGAGCUCGACUGAGAAGCAAAUUGACUCUGAAACGCCGUCGAGCAUCAGUGCGAGUUUGAUUUAGAUCGUGUGUCGUGUGGGGUCGUCCCCAGUCACGCUGACCAGGCCUUGGUGGUGGUGGUUGCGUGGAGGCAGCGGAGGAGGAGAAGGUGGUGGUGGGCUGGGGACAGUGGCAGGCCCAGGGGUGGGAGCAUGGCCGUGGGGGGGCCGCAUCCCGUCCUCCACCCUGCACCGGGACAGGCGCUGGGGCUGGGGGUCCUGGAGCGGGGGUCCGUCCAGGGGAGCGCCCAGACUCUCCGAGCUCAGGCCCUGGAUGAGCGGAGGGGUCGUGGUGGGUGGAGGAGGUAGCGCAGGGGUGGGAAAUGGCGGCGGAGGUCCAGGGGCGGAGAAGGGAGUCAAGGUGAGAUGCUCCCGUAGGAUCUGGGUUCUACUCGGCUCCCUGGUCCUCGUCUUCCUCACCUCACUCUUCCUGUCAGUGUCGCUGCGAGGGGGCGUCGGGUUCAACUACCUGGAGCCGCCUGGGUGGGAGGAGUCGAGGCGGGUGAAGCUGGUGCCGAGCUACGUGGGCGCUCACCGGCUGUCGCCUCCAGACGCCCCCCAGCAGAAGACCUGCGCCUGCCCUCGGUGUGUCGGAGACCCCGGCGUCUCCGACUGGUUCGACGAGAACUACGACCCGGACAUCUCACCCGUCUGGACCAGAGACAACGUCCAGCUGCCCUCUGAUGUCUACUACUGGUGGGUGAUGCUGCAGCCCCAGUUUAAACCCCACAGCAUCCAGCAGGUGCUUCUGAGGCUCUUCCAGGUGAUUCCUGGAAGGUCGCCGUACGGCUCGUGGGAUCCGGGACGCUGCCUGCGCUGCGCCGUGGUUGGGAACUCGGGAAACCUCCGCGGGGCCGGAUAUGGAGCGACCAUCGACGGACACAACUACAUCAUGAGGAUAAAUCUGGCCCCGACGGUGGGCUAUGAGGAGGACGCCGGCAGCCACACCACCCACCAUUUCAUGUACCCGGAGAGCGCCAAGAACCUGGCGGCCAACGUCAGCUUCGUCCUGGUUCCCUUCAAGACUCUGGACCUGGUCUGGAUCACCAGCGCUCUGUCCACCGGCCAGAUUCGAUUUACUUACGCUCCAGUGAAGCAGUUCCUCCGCGUAGAUAAAGACAAGGUCCAGAUCUUCAACCCAGCUUUCUUUAAAUACAUCCACGACCGCUGGACCAGACAUCACGGCCGCUACCCAUCCACUGGGAUGCUGGUGCUGUUCUUUGCUCUACACGUCUGUGAUGAGGUGAAUGUGUUUGGCUUUGGAGCCGACAGUCGGGGAAACUGGCACCACUACUGGGAGCAGAACCGCUACUCCGGAGAGUUCAGAAAGACCGGCGUCCACGAUGCCGACUACGAAGCCCAGAUCAUUCAGCGACUGGCCAAGGCCGGAAAAAUCACAGUGUUCCCUGGGAAAUAACCAGCAAAUCUAAGGUUUCCGGUUAGAAAGCUGGUUCUCCAACAGACACUAUACAGGCUGCUUCCAGUGUGUUAGAUAUUCUCGCUUUCACUUAACUUGCACCAGUUUCCCAGCCAAAGUAAACCAAACGCUGAGGCAAACUGGUACCAAAACAGUGUUAUAUCAUCCACUUUUCCUCAUAUUUGGGAAUCUGAGUACAUGGUUUACUUCCAAAUGUAGCUCAUCUCGCGUAGGACUGCUUUAAAAGUGGGAGUUGAGGCUUCAUUUAGAAGUUAAAGGCUCAUUUUAGGACUCAAAGACAAGGCUGCUGCUCAGUGUUUAAGAGCAGCGUGAACUCAGGAGUGAAAAUCAAGCGAGGGCUGGACAGAAAAACUCAACCGAGGACCACAAACACCGACUUUGACUGUGUGCAGCGCCGAGGAGGCAAGAUCUAAUGAGCAAAUGGACGCAAUUAAAUGGAAAUCUUUGAUCUGAUCCUCAUUUAUUGACAAAAAUACGACCGCAGAAGCCAAACCAUCAGCAUCUAAAGGACUGUAUAGUGUUCUACAGAUAAAUCUACCAUCGAAGCAGUGGAUGCUGGCGAACACAGAACAUUUUGAGGCCUGCAGGACAAUUUUCCCAGCUUUUACAGAACCCAGAGACAGGUUCUUCUCAAAUUCUAUACGAGGAAAUACACUUUUCUGUGUCAUAACUCCACUUUAUGCGAGUUCUGCCUCAGAAGACAGUGUUACGAGGACUUGAUGUGACUGCGACGGGCUGUAAAACGGUUGCAUAUCAGACAGUGGAGGCGACUGCCGUGGAUUUACAGCAAAUGACUGUCUUCUAAAACCCCCCAGAUUCUAACUUUUCUCAGCAACUUUCAGUCGUUGAGACUCUCAGCAUUCGCACGAGCCCCAGCUUCUGUAGCCUGCUUUUAAAUGCCACAGCAGCCACAAGACUCUAUUCAGAGCGCUGAUUUGACUGUGGGAGACUCUAAUGAGGCCAAAAGUCCAUCGCCUGGGAUUUCAUGUUUGGAUGGAGGCAUGCUGGUUUCUGGACCGGAGUGAAAUCCCCACGUGGACUGUCAGGGUCUAAUUUAAGAAAAGAGGGCUGGAAACGAAGAGGUGGGGCACGAAAAACCGGACGAAACACAUCAUUUGCUGCAGCAUUUUUGAGGAAAAAAGAAAAGUUGUUGGCUACAUGGGGGUCAUGGGUUCAUCACUCUUAUUCUGAAGGGACAUUUCUGCCCUAUGUGGUGGGGUUAAAGAAAACCCCAACGGAUCUCUGAAUUUCUGAACAGCUCAGCUUCAUUAACCACUAGCCCCGGUCCCUGCUCAGCCAAUUAAAACUUCAGCUAAGUCUGGACGGGGUGGAGCCACCAGACGCCUUAGACUUCACCUCUGCACCACCAAACUGCACUUCCUGUCCUGUUCUUUUCAUGACAUAUCCCCCCACAGACUGCACAUCCCACUGUUCGUUUUGUUUCUACGUCUGCUGGAUUUACAUUUCUUGGCUCAGAUUCGAUUUUGCUUUCCCACCCAGAUGGUUGCUGUCGUUUGGCAUAUUACCUAUUUACACAUUUAUAUCCUCUGUUGUUGAUUAUUUACAUCUUUAACAGGAAAAACACAAACAAAUAUCAGUCGAGGAAGUGCUGCUAGACAGUAUUCAAACACAGAAAACCUCAGCGGAGAAAAAUAAAGUGUGUCACGGAGGUAGGAAAAUAAGAGUGUUUGGUUUGAGCUGAGGCUGUAAAUCCAUCCAAAGAUGGCAGGAUGUAGACGUGAUUAUCGAGAAGCAGCUGGUGGCCGAUAUGGAAAAGUACUCAGGGUUCCUAAGCAGGUCUGAGAUGUAACCAAACAAGUAUUUCAAGGUACAAGAAGUAGUACUUUCACUGCCCCUUCACACUAAACUAAUACAUCCAUGUAUGUAUGGGUUUAUCAAUGCUUCAGCAGCUACUUUGUCUUGUGCUGAGAGCUUCUAAAACUCAACGUUAUUUACUAUUUUUUACGUCACUCACAGGCUUCUUUAAGUAAAAACACGUCAGAAUGGAAGAAUUUAAGGCCCCUUAAAACUCGGUUUCAAAAUUAAGCAUUUAAAAAUAGGGUUAAUUAUUCUUGCUUAAAUGUAAAAGCACUUAAAGUUAAAGGUCCCCUGUGGAGUUUAGGUACACUACUAGUAAUAAUAAGUUUCUUCUCAUACACAUGCAAUCUAAAAAGAAAUACUUUUCCACGAUAAGUUAAUGUUUUCACAGUCUUUUAGACAUUUACAAAUCAAAACACCAACUUCAGACGGUUAGAAGAAAACACCUCGCAGGUAAAUAUGGAUGUAAACAACAUGCUUUUACCAUGUUUAAUUAGCAAUUACAUGUCUUUUAACAGUUUGUUUUAAGUCAACGAUGCACACAGUGAGUUUUGAUGAGUAUCAGUGAAUGGAGACAGAAACUCCACAGGGCACCUUUAAUUUAUAUUUAUUUAAUCGCCUCGACUGGUGAUCUUUAUGAGGCUCAUAAACUCAACUAAUCUGUUGGUGGUGUUUUUAUCUUUUAGCACUUAGGAAUUUGGCAAAACUGAUUAAAGCCUGACUGAUACUUGAUCAUUUUAAGAAUACAAAAAGUUGGAUGAAGAACGCUGCUUCGUUCACAGCUUCAUUCACAGCCCAUUAUUGUAGAAAAACAGAAAGAUUUUUCAACACCACUGUCCAUAUCAGAGUCUAAAAAAAAAAACUGCAUUUACCUGAAAGAUGUGCAGAAAAAACUGUUUCUACCGACUUCAAGUUCUAAAAAUCUUCCUCUAUCAUCCUAUUGGCUACUGUUUUAUAUAUAUAUAUAUAUAUAUAUAUAUAUAUAUAUAUAUAUAUAUAUAUACACUACCAGUCAAAAGUUUGGACACACAUUCUCAUUCAAAUUAUUUUGUACUUGUAGAUUAAUACUGAGGACAUCAAAACUAUAAAAGAAUACAUAAGGAAUUAUGUUGUAAAAAAAAAUGUUAAUUCAGUAUCUAUCUACAAUGAAAAACACAAAUUAGCUUGCCACUUACUGACGUCACCGCCUGGCUCCGCACCACCGUGUGCUCUGUUGCAUGUGCUGCAGACAGUUCUAAAAGUCAGACCGCCCCAAUUCUCAGCAAACUAUGUGACGACACAGUUUCAAAAUGAGUUCAAGCAUCUUAUUUCUGCAUAAAAAAAACACGCAAUAUUUCCAAUAUAUCCGAUAAGCUAAAAUCUGUAUCAGUCAGCCUCUGAAAGUGAUCACACAUAUGUUUUUUUCCUCAACUUUUCAAACUAGUGCAUAAAAAAAGACAGAAUUGAAAAACAAUAGGAACUCUUUUAACUGAAAUACCCCAAACUAUUGUUGAAAUAGUUAAAAAAUGUUUCGAGGCAUUCGAUUCUGCUUUGAAAAACUGCAAAAAGUACUAGUUGUAGCUUAUCUUGAUUUUUAUUUUGAAUUUAUAUUAAAUUUUCUUUUUAUAUGCUAGUUAUAACAAAAACAAUAAAGGACAGGAUAACUGUUUAACUUUCCAGCACUGUAUGUCGCAAACAACAUACUGUGAAGUCACCGCUUAACUCCGCACCAUCGUGCUCUGUAACAUGUGCUGCAGACAGUUGUGAAAGUCGAAUUACCCAAAUUCUUGGCACACUAUGUGAUAAAACAUUGUCAAAAUGACUCCAAGCAUCUUAUUCCUGCAUUAUAUUCUGUAAAAAAAACACACUCAAACUGAUACAUCGGCGAUAAGCUAAUAAUGGCUGAUAAAAUGAGAAAAUAGCAACUCUUUUAACUGAAAUACCCCAAACUAUUGUCAAAAUAGUUCAAAACUGUUUUGGGGACAGUAAAUGCUGCUCUAAAAAACUGCAAAGAGUACUAGCUGAAGCUUAUUUUUCCCUCAGAAGACGUCAGCAUAUUUUUAGUGAUUCAUAACACAGUGAGCCGAAUCAAGAAAUCCUACCACCCCCAAAGUGUUUGUGAAGAUUUGUGAAUAGAAGCUGCGUAGGAACUGUGAGUGCCAGCCGCUGCAACAUGUGUUGCAUUCAUGUGAAAUAACAUCUGUUUGUAGGAGAACAGAGCACACUGUUGAUCAUUCUGUUGGUAAAAAAAAUAAGGGAUACAACCACCUGAUGCUAUUCUGCUUGUUUUUAUCAUUUUACAUGCAAUUUAACCAUCACUUGCUUAUUUAGAAAGACUUAGUGAGGAGAGUCGGGGUGUCGUAUCGCCCCCAGCAGGCGACGACAAGAACUGCUGGCGGCAUUUUGUUGCAUUAUCUUUGUAUCUUCCUGUACUAUCAUUUUCUGCUUUCAUUGUGUUUGUUCUGCUUUGCACAUUGCAGAUUUUACAAGAUGCUUCAGUGCUGAAUUCAUUUUAAGGGUUGGUGAAUCUGGACAUCCAGUUUUUUUUGUGUUUUUUUCCUCCUUUUUUUGUCACACACUCAUGCUUUUGUGCCUUUUCCUGCUGCUGGACACCUACAGCUGCUCCAUUGGCAACACACACCUGCUACCUUUGCUUUUUUUUUUUGCUUUUUUAGUCACACACAAACACUCAUUCUGGCUGAGAGCUGUGCCUUCUGAGCUGUAUAUAGAUAUAUAUUUACACAAACACACGGAAACACACACUUUCUGCCUUGUGCUCGGGGUGCAGACGCCUCCCGCUUCUUACUGCUUUGUACAUUGUUUUCUAAAACACCGCUGUAGGCCGAAGGAGAGGAUGCGAUGCACGGCAAACUCACAUUAGGCCACUUUUUUGUUCUCCUUUUUGAACAUACAUUAGAAACUUUAGCCGCAUUUCUGCGAGGAAUCUUCUGGAUUCAAGCCCUCGACAUUUCAGGUAGCCAUCUUAUCUUUCUGUAUCUGUUUUUUGUUCUGCAAAAGGUUUCGACAUAUCAGUGUUGUGAUGAACUCGAGCCUGGUUCGGUACUUUCUUCUCGGUCCUGUGUUAUUGUUGCUUCAAAAUGAAUGUGCGGAUUGUUUUUGGAGAUAACACAUCCACACCACAUUUCCUUUUCGCCUGCAAGGAGUAGAAAAGUCUUUACUUUUGCGCCCACCAAACAGGUGAGAGAGCCUGUUCCAGCACAGAAACUGUUAUCAGCUUCCUCGGUUUCUUCCAGCUGUGGACCAGAACAUUGUGAUCAGAUAGAGGUGGAGGGUUGCAGGGUGAUCCCUUUCUGCUGUGCCACUCUAAAUUAGAUGUUUUUUUUCCCCCUUCCCCCAUCGCCUAGAAUACAUGACACAGAUCUGAGAGUGUUCCCUGUAGCAUUUAUAACCUAAAGUAGGUCUUUUCUCCUGUCGCUGACCCAAUACACUCACUUUUUUUUCCCCCCCUCUUUCUCCUCCAGAAGUGAUGCCUAAAAUAAAUUUGAAGCAAAUGUGGAGCACCCGUUUCCAGACUAAGCUUGGUCAAGAAAUUUAAAAAACAAAAAAGCUGCACAGGUUGAAGAGAGUUUUGUGAGAAGAUGUGGCAACAGUGAAGGUGUGCAGGAGGCAGCAGGUUUUCUCAGGUGAAAUUUGAAUGUGUGCUUCUGACAGCAGUGACAGAAAUGUAGCCGACUGGCAGCGAGUUUAUGUCACGACUUAAACUGGACUGAAUUCCUUCACAAUAUGCAUUUUAUCUGAAAAUUUUACCCCAAACAUCCCUGCAUCUUUUUCUUCUUGCUGUCAGUAGAAGCCAGUUUCCUUCUACAUCCACUAUUUUUACUCUGUUGUGUCUCACACAUUAUGUAAAGCCCCAAACAACACCCAAUUACAGAAUGCCUGAAAGUGUGGCUUCAAGAAACAGGAGUUUAAAAAUGUUUUUGUUUUCCUGUACUGCAAAAGAAUCACAUUAAACUCAUUAAAUGCAAUUUUUAUGGCGGUAAUUUGACAGAACGAGCGUGAAAGCAACUGUUCAGCAAAGGAAAAAGGUGGAAACUGGUGUGCAUGACAUCUAAAUCCUUUACACGGUUCAACAUUUUGGAAAAUUUCAUCGAAUUUUUAUGUCUGUGUGUUAAAUAAUGUAUAAGGCUGCAGGCAGGAAAGACUGAAAAAUAGUUUAGCCCCAUAAAACAACCGAUUUCUAUGUUUACAGUUAGUUUUUUUGAGCUGAUUUGAGAAAAAAUGGGGCUGAACAAUUGGCCAUUUCAAUUAUUGCAAUGAAAUUAGCAAAUUGCUAAAGCUACAAUGUAGAAUGUAGCCUAUGUUAAGCAGCACAGCCCAAAUUUAUUAGUGUGAAUAUUGAAGUGAAGCUUAAUUUUGGAAAAUUAGAUGGGAAAUAAAAAUUACAAUCACACUUUUUUUUUAAUUUACCUGAAAUUAUUCUGCCCUACAAAAGUUGUAAAUCAGCUAGUAGGUGGACUAGUUAUUGAGCUCUGUGCUAAGCUAAUCAUCUCCCGAUUGUAGCUUCAAAUUUAGCACCGAGAGCAAAGUGUGGCAAAAAAUCUUAAUUACAUUUUAAAGCUAGUUUUUUGAGCUUAUUGGAAAAAAUGGGGCUGAACAGUUAUUGCAAUGAAAUUAGCAAAUCGCUAAAGCUACGAUUGAGAAUGUUGCCUACAUUAUGCAGCACAGCCUAAAUUUAUUACAGUGUGACUAUUAAAGUGACGCUUUAUUUUGGAAAAUGUGAUGGGAAAUAAAAAUUGCAGUCACAUAUUUUAUUUUUCUGAAAUCAUUCUGCCCUACAAAAGGUGUACAUCAGCUAGUAGGUGGACUAGUUACUGAGCUAACCAUCUCCCGAUUGUAGCUUCAAAUUUAGCACCGAGAGCAAAGUGUGGCAAAAAAUCUUAAUUACAUUUUAAAGCUAGUUUUUUGAGCUUAUUGGAAAAAAUGGGGCUGAACAGUUAUUGCAAUGAAAUUAGCAAAUCGCUAAAGCUACGAUUGAGAAUGUUGCCUACAUUAUGCAGCACAGCCUAAAUUUAUUACAGUGUGACUAUUAAAGUGACGCUUUAUUUUGGAAAAUGUGAUGGGAAAUAAAAAUUGCAGUCACAUAUUUUAUUUUUCUGAAAUCAUUCUGCCCUACAAAAGGUGUACAUCAGCUAGUAGGUGGACUAGUUACUGAGCUAACCAUCUCCCGAUUGUAGCUUCAAAUUUAGCACCCAGACCAAAGUGUGGCAAGAAAUCUUAAUUAAAUUCUUGCCAAUCUUUUCAUUGCAAUAUCUGAGAGAAAAUGAUUUUUCUUGCUGCAGUACUUGAGGCUUGGUAGCACUCAGAACUCAUUCUGAGUGUGAGAUGACACAAAAUGAGAAAAUUGGAUCAAAUUGUGGUUGUCUAGCAGAGAAGAAACAAUCCAUCCAGCGUCUCCAGCUGUAACUAAAGAUAGUCUGCACCCGAGAAAAGGCUUGAAAAUUAGUUUAAUACCACUCGCAUCUCCUCAACGAAAUGUCAAAGCGCUGUAUCUUAGAGGUUUUCUGCAAAAAUCGGACCCGCUGUUUGAGGAAGAGCUUAAAAGGAGCAAAUACAUCAUGACGAAAACGCUGCUGUUGGCAUCGCCUGCUGCUGUCUGAGGCUGAGGUGAGAACAGCAUCUCUCCUCUCAUCAGUUCACUGGUCUGCACUCAACAGAAACAGCCUCUUUAGCGGCAGUCGGCGAGCUGCAGACAGAUCGUGUCAGGCUGUCUCUGUGGAUUGUAACAUUCAUACUUCUGCUAGCAGAAGUCUACAGUGACCAAGACAAAAAUACUACACUAGUAAAUCUAUCUGACGUAACGGUGAACUUACAUGGGGCUCGUAUGAAACAGAUAAUGUAAGAACAGUAAAGAAUCAGGGUGAAACCUUUCAGUGUGGGUGGUUUCCUGCUGUCUGGAUCCAUCAUCGUCGUCUGGUCCCGGCUUUAAUGUCUCAUUCUUCUGUACCUUUUGGAUGAGGCAGUACAUGUGUAUUUACUGCACUGAAACCUCUGUAUGAUAUGUGAUCAGACUCUUUGUAUCUUAUGCUAUUGUACAAAUAAAAGCUUCAUGAUACAUGA